AUGAAAGCACUCCAAAUCAUCAAACAACAGAAAAGACCAAUGGCUGUUUUAGAAAUUCAAAAUUAUAUUAGAGAUAAUGAAAAAGAUUUAUGGCAAGAAAUGGAGCAGAAGUGCAAUGAUUAUGUUCGAAUAAUUCUUAGUUUAACAAAAAAUAAGCUAAUUUCAAAAUAUAAACCGGUUCAUCCAGUUCCAGGAAUCGACAAAAGAGCAACAUUUUAUGGAAUUGCAUCAGAAAAAUAUCCAAAUGAGUCUUGGAUCAAGUUGGGAUCAGUUAAAGAAGAAAAAAUUCCUGUAGCACAAAUUGAAUGCAUUGAUGAUAAGCAAGAUUCAAGCUUCUUUGACAAUUUUUCUGAGAUAUAUAAUCCUCAGGAUGAUGAUAAGAAGCUAAUUGAAACAAAAUGA